UACUCCUGUUAGAAAACUACAGGCUUCAUAAGAAAAGCAUUUUUAAGUAGUAGUUACUAUUAUUCACAUAAGUAUACAUACAUUGUGUCUGAAAGUUAGUAUUUUAAGUUUCCUGAGACUGGGGAAAUGUUGAGCCCCAUGAAGUUUUGGGGAUUGGAUUCUUUCUAGGCAUUACUGAUGCUGGUGAGGUGCCUGAUUGAUGAAUGGGUAUGGACCUUUUUAAAUUGAAGCUGAUGCAUGUUCUAGUUUUCUGUUUUCUUCUGUUUAUCUGCAGUUGAGCGGAGUCUUGAGGGUUGUCAGAAUUGUCUGCACAUAGUAGGUAGCUUCAGUGACAGACUAGAGGCACGCAUUAUGGAACAGAUUUCAAUUCGCACAUAUUUGGUUUUUUUUUUCUUUUUCUUUCUUUUUUUUUGACUAAUUUGGUUAUUUGCCAUUUCUGGGGAUUAAACUUUAAAAAAUGUUCUUCUUUUCUGUAUCUGAUGUUCUGUGUGCUAUUAGUGACGCAGCCAACACGAACGGUUGUCAUGUGUAACACAACUUUCGAUCACCGCGAAAACAGCGUCCUGGGAAAGCGUCCAUGCUUGAUAUCGUUUGGUUCAUGAACAUUAAGUUUCCAGUACAGGUAAAAUCCCAGAGGAGGCCAAAGCCCUUUCUUUGCUGGCUCCUGCCCCACCCAUGACAAGCCUGGUGCCUGGUGCAGGAUUGCUUCCCAUCCCGACCUCCAGCCCUCUGACGGCAGUGAGUAGUCUUGGUGUUUCACUUAGCAGUUUGGGAGCCAUACCAGCAGCAGCACUCGACCCCAAUAUUACGACCUUAGGAGAGAUCCCACAGCCACCACUUAUGGGGAAUGUGGAUCCUUCCAAAAUUGAUGAGAUUAGGAGGACAGUCUAUGUUGGGAAUUUGAAUUCGCAGACAACGACAGCUGAUCAACUACUUGAAUUUUUUAAACAAGUUGGAGAAGUGAAGUUUGUUCGGAUGGCAGGUGAUGAGACUCAGCCAACUCGGUUUGCUUUUGUGGAAUUUGCAGACCAAAAUUCUGUACCAAGGGCCCUUGCUUUUAAUGGAGUUAUGUUUGGAGACAGGCCACUGAAAAUAAAUCACUCCAACAAUGCAAUAGUAAAACCUCCUGAGAUGACACCUCAGGCUGCAGCUAAGGAGUUAGAAGAAGUAAUGAAGCGAGUCCGGGAGGCUCAGUCAUUUAUCUCAGCAGCUAUUGAACCAGAGUCUGGAAAGAGCAAUGAAAGGAAAGGCGGUCGAUCUCGUUCCCACACUCGCUCAAAGUCCAGGUCUAGCUCAAAAUCCCAUUCUAGAAGGAAGAGAUCACAAUCAAAGCACAGGAGUAGAUCUCAUAACAGGUCACGUUCAAGACAGAAAGAUAGACGUAGAUCCAAGAGUCCACAUAAGAAACGCUCUAAGUCUAGGGAGAGGCGGAAGUCAAGGAGUCGUUCCCGUUCACGGGACAAGAGAAAAGAUACACGAGAAAAGGUGAAGGAAAAGGAAAGAGUGAAGGAGAGAGAGAGGGAAAAGGAGAAGGAGAAAGAAAGGGAAAAGGAUCGUGAAAAAGACAAGGAACGGGGUAAAAACAAAGACAAAGAUCGAGAGAAGGAAAAGGACCAUGAAAAGGAGCGAGACAAAGACAAGGAGAAGGAACAAGACAAAUCCAAGGAGGCUGAUGAGAAGCGGAAGAAGGACAAGAAGUCCAGAACACCACCCAGAAGUUACAAUGCUUCACGAAGAUCCCGUAGUACCAGCAGGGAAAGGCGGCGUCGGAGGAGCAGGAGUUCUUCCAGAUCGCCAAGAACAUCAAAGACCAUGAAAAGAAAGUCUUCCAGGUCUCCAUCCCCCAGGGGCCGAAAUAAGAAAGAUAAAAAGAGAGAAAAAGAACGGGAUCACAUUGGUGACAGGAGAGAAAGAGAGCGCUCCACCUCCACAAAAAAGAGUUCCAAUGACGGGAAGGAGAGGGCGGAAAAGACCAACACACCAGUUAAGAAGGAACACAGUAAAGAGGCAGAUUCAAAUGUGAGCCAAGAUGCAGAUGAGAAGGACCCACCAAGGACGGAGGAAGAAAACAAAGUACAGCAGAAUGGGAAUUGUCAGCCAACUGAAGAGAGCCUCUGCAACAAGGUUGACGUGGUGUAGGACCACCUGCUGGAUCUCUCCCUUCAUGGUGGGAUCAAACCCAAAGCUUUCAGUUUGCAAUGAGGUGUGAAUGGGAAAGAGACCCACGUGUGGGAACUAACAGCUUUUCCAGCUAUGAGGUGACAUUGUGGCUAUCUUGUUACUGAGCAUGGGCAUCAUGAACAUAAUCAGAUGUUACCCAAAUUCACCAUCUUCUGAAGUCUGUGCAUUUCCAUGGUGACUGGCACACUCGUCAUGUGGUUCAUUAGUGUUUGCCAAGAAGCAUUGCAAAUAAAUUGAACAUCACAGAUCCAGAAUUGAACUAUCCCUAAAGACUGGAGAUGAGCAUUGGAGGCUCUUAAAGAAAAUGCUAGUUACUGAAUUUUGUAUUGUUUUACUUUUUUAAAAAAAUUUUCAAUAUAUACAGUUUGAUGAUGUGCUUGAAAUUUGUGCAAAUAUAUACAUACACUCUUGUAAAGUGCAAAGUAUGUAAGAAGUUUUAACAUUUACUUCACAGGACUUAACCGUGAUUGUGGUGAAUUCUCACUAUUGUGUUUUCUUUUGCUUACUGUUUUGGACAUCAGUUUUUCUUUGAAAACAGUUUUACAGAUUAAAAUUGCUUAAAUAAGUGGAUUAAAAAACCAACUGACAAUGCAUGUUACUGUUCUCUUUCAAAAGAAGAGCAACUGUGUUGAGUACUAGUAACAACACGUUAGAAUUCAGUGUUUAGAAUCAUUGGGUCUGCCACAAAAUGAGCAUUUCUUCUUGAACUUUGUUGACAUUUCCAAGCUCAUGAAUAAUAUUGCAGUGUGUCUUGUCAGCUGUAGGUGGCAAAGAUGCCCUUAUAAAAAGGAAACUGAGUUUUCAAAAUGGGCUAUGGGAGCACAAGCUGAAGCUUUAGUGCCUUCUACAAUGUGUGGUAUACUGUUUUCUAGGAUUUUAUAUGUGCUUGUCAUUCACAAUUCAUAUGGAAUCUAGAUGGCUGUAUUCUGUUCACAACCAUUGGGAAGUGUGCAAGGGGUGUGUCAGAAGCACUUCAUUAAGUUCAGAGAAGGAAGUCCCGUUUACAAGACGUGUGGAGUUCCCAACAACAUUGGAGUUUUGGGACCGCCAGUUUUCUACUGUGAUGAUUGAAAGGGAGACAUGCUCUUACUUCAAAUCAGAGGAAACCUUUUAGUUGACUUCAUUGGAUGGCCCUAAUAUUACCUCGCAAUCAUUUUCUUCUAAUGAUACAGAAAUUAUACUUAGAGGAAGGACUGGGAGCAUACAGAGAUGGUUUUGUGUUUAACGAUAUGCUUAUGUGAGUUUAAGACACACAGUCAUCCACCAGUCUUUGACUCAGCUUUUCAUAGAAAGUAUGCAAGUAGUAAAAUGAAAACUCUUAAAGCUUUCUGCAAAAUUAUAGGGUCUGGUUAAUGCACUAGUCAUUAUUGUUACAUUUCCCUAAAAACCAAAAACACUUAAUUUGCAGAUCUUAUUUAAAAACGAAUUUUAACUUUAUUUAAUACAACUUAAUACAAUCAAAAUUACUCAGUUGCCUUACCUUACGGGAAGGGUGACUGUCACAGACUGAAAAAGUCAAGUAGCACUUUAGUUGCUUGGUUCCAACUUGAGUCUUGUUUUCACACCAAUACUGUUGAAACUAUAAUUUGAAGCAUAGAAAGGCCCUUUCUCCCAAGUCGUAAAGCCUGGUUCGAUUAUGAAGCUGCUUAAUCAUCUUCAGGUGUUCAGAUUACUGUGUGUAUAUGUGUUUCCUUUUUGUCACUGUGUACAUUAAACUUUGGAAAAUGCUUUACUAUGUAAAGUAUAGAUGGCCAUUUUAAUCGCUCAGCCACAUAUGGUUGGCUAGUAAACAGCUUAUUCUGAUACAGAAAUGAUUGGGCACCUGUGGAAAGAUUGUGAAGGAGUGUGUCUCGCUUCAGCCGCUGUCUUAUUUAUGGUGUGUAAGUAGAAUAGAGCAAAUGUUUGAUCUUUGUUAUUUUUAGUACCAUUUCUCUAAUAAAGUUGAGUAUUUUAGAGGAACGCCUUGAGUUUCAUCCCGCUCUUGUUUUGUUUGACACACGGAGGGUUUUGACGUGGCGCACCUCUAAAACAGCCCUUUAAAUUAAGUCGAGACGUUUUCCUGUCUUUCAUGGGAGAGACUGCCACUCCUGCCACUAACUGCUUCCCGUGCCCGUAUUUAUUUGCUCAAAUAAUCAUCAUUAAUGCAGAAAAAGGCUUUACAGAUUCAGAAUAAGUAGGCAUACAAGAGAAAUUAAAGCAGAUGCUGUGGGGUUGAUGUGUGAGAGGCAUGCAGGAAGGCAGGUGUGCAUGUGUUUUGUUUUUAUUCAUUUGGUGUUUUCUAUUAAGCUAUUUUAUUUCUUUCAAGAAUGUUGUUUGUCAACCAAGCAGUAGUGACGCACAGCUUUGACCCCAGCAUUCAGGAGGCAGAGGCAGGUGGAUCUCUUGAGUUUGAAGCCAGUCUGGUCUACAGAGUAAGUUCCAGGUCAGCCAGGGCUAUACAGAAAAACCCUGCCUUGAAAAAAACCAAAAAUAUUUUUUGUCACCCAAGAAACUGUCAGGGAACCCUGAGGUAAGAUGGGAGAACCCUCCCGCCGGCAGGGCAGCAAGUGCAGUUGGUUUCCCUCUCUGUGGGGGAGCUGAUACUGUUGAUGCCUUCAUGUGCACCCUGAGCUGGGGGCAAGCACUGACCUGGUGGCUCUAUAAGAAGACUGCAGCACAUCCUUAACUUCUGUGACUAUCGCAGUACUUAUGUUUCUACCUUAAUCUAGUUAGCUUAAACUGAAAACACUAUUCAGCCUGUAAUCUCCAUGCUUACUCUGUUUUGAACAGAUUCUUUGGUGUUUAUUAUGUAUUUGUCUUUAUGUUAGAGGCUUACAUUUUUAUAUACUCAAUUACAAAUAAAAACCUUGUUUAUAAUCAA